GCACGCGUGGGGCAACCCAGCCCCUGGACUAGAGCCGAGCGGCAAGUCCCGCGGGAGUGGACGCCUUGGCAAGAGAACAGGCUGCUGUGCAGGCGCUGCCAGAGCGGAGCAGGGGAGCGAGGUGCCUCCGAGGGGUGGACCCAGGCGCUGGUUCGCGGGACGGCUGGAGUAAAACUCCAGCGGCGCGUCCUCCAGCCUGCCGCCUGACUCUCCUCGGAGCAUGCACUGAGCAGCCCCUCAAGACGGGCAGGGCAGGCGUUCGAGGCAGCAGCUUGCGGAGGAAAAGGCGGCAGCGGCGGCCGAGGGGAAGCGAAGGCAGGAGAGAUUGAGUGGCUCUUUGCGCCGCUGCCCCAGGAUGUCCGCGCACAGCCUGCUCAACAGCGUCUUCUCGUGCUCCUCCUCGCCGGCGGCUGCCGGUAGUCCCCCGCCAUCCUCCAAGAGCUUCUCCAAGCGGAGGCUUCGCCAGACCCGCAGUCUGGACCCCGCCGUGAUCGGCCGCUCCAGCGGGGAAGAAGGGACGACGCUCGAGAGUUCAGCCCGCGGCACUCGGGCCAAAGCGGCGGGCGGUCCGUUGGCCGAACACUUGGCGGCCUUCUCCUCGCGCGCCCUGCUGCGCCCGCCCGGCGGGGGCCCGGCGCAAGGCGCCUUCUCUCUCUCCACGCCCAGCACGCCCUUGGACAAGUCCCCCUCGGGCAGUUUCCACUUCGACUAUGAGAGCCCUCGAGUCAAGAGGCUCACGGCGUGGGAGCUGCCUUUCCUGGCGCGCGCGCCCUCAGCCUCGGCUCUCAGCAGCGGCUAUGGAGGCGGAGGUGCCAACAGCAUCUUCUUUUCGCCCAGAAAGUGGCUCCAGCAGAGGAAGGGACAGCACAUGCCCAGCAGUCACUCCUCUCCCUACGUAGUGUGGAAGUCCGAGGGUGAUUUCACUUGGAACAGCAUGUCAGGGCGCAGUGUUCGGCUGAAGUCUGUUCCUAUUCAGAGUCUUUCGGAACUGGAGCGUGCCCGACUACAAGAAGUGGCCUUUUAUCAGUUGCAGCAGGACUGUGACUUAGGAUGCCAAAUAACUAUUCCUAAAGAUGGACAAAAGAGGAAGAAAUCACUGAGAAAGAAACUGGAUUCCCUCGGAAAGGAAAAAAACAAAGAUAAAGAAUUCAUACCCCAGGCUUUUGGAAUGCCUUUAUCACAAGUAAUAGCUAAUGAUCGGGCAUAUAAACUGAAGCAAGAUAUUCAUAGAGAAGAGCAGAGAGAUGUUUCAGAAUUUGUAACAUCGCUUUUACCUUUUGGGAGUAAAAGACAGAACAAAGAACUCUCAAGCAGUAAUUCAUCUCUUAGUUCCACCUCAGAAACACCAAAUGAAUCUACUUCACCCAAUACACCAGAACCAGCCCCCCGGGCACGGAGAAGGGGUGCAAUGUCAGUGGAUUCUAUUACUGAUCUCGAUGAUAGUCAGUCUCGAUUACUAGAAGCUCUACAGUUAUCCUUGCCUGCUGAAGCUCAGAACAAGAAAGAAAAGUCCAGGGACAAAAAACUAAGCCUCAAUCCUAUUUACAGGCAAGUUCCUCGGCUUGUAGAUAGCUGCUGCCAGCAUUUAGAAAAACAUGGUCUCUACACAGUAGGCAUAUUCCGAGUUGGGAGCUCAAAGAAAAGGGUUAGACAGUUACGGGAAGAGUUUGACCGUGGUAUAGAUGUAAUAUUGGAUGAAGAACAAAGCAUUCAUGAUGUAGCAGCUUUAUUAAAGGAAUUCCUUCGUGACAUGCCUGACCCUCUCCUGACUAGAGAACUUUACACUCCUUUUAUCAACACACUCUUAAUGGAGCCCCAUGAACAACUGAACACUCUACAACUUCUAAUUUAUCUUCUACCUCCCUGCAACUGUGACACCUUACAUCGACUCCUCCAGUUCCUUGCUACUGUAGCUAGCCACGCAGAAGACAGGAGAGAUCAAGAUAACCAGGAGAUCCCUGGGAACAAAAUGACAUCACUCAACCUAGCCACUAUAUUUGGACCUAAUCUGUUGCACAAGCAGAAGACAACAGACAAAGAAUUCACUGUUCAAAGUACAGCACGCGCGGAGGAGAGCACUGCAAUUAUUGCUGUUGUACAGAAGAUGAUAGAAAACUAUGAGAUGCUCUUUAUGGUUCCGGCAGACCUUCAGAAUGAAGUUCUAAUUAGUUUGCUUGAGACUGACCCAGAUGUUGUAGACUAUUUGCUGAGAAGGAAAGCUUCCCAGUCAUCAAGCCCUGAAAUGCUUCAGUCUGAAGGUUCAUUCUCCAUAGAAGGUAGACAUUCAUCCAUAGACUCAAACAGAACCUCAAGUGGCGAUAUAUCACCCUAUGAUAACAACUCUCCAGUGCUGUCUGAACGAUCUGUUUUGGCAAUGCAGGAAGAUAUGUCCCUCACUUCUGAUAAGUUAUUUAAAGUACCAGAACAAUGUACAUCAGUCAGCAAUUUUCAGCCAAAAUCAAAAGAGAAUUCCUUUGGAUCAUGGUUUGGGAAAGAUGUUUCAGAGGACUAUUUCAACAUCUGGGGCACCUGGCAUUCCACACUGAAAAGUGGUUCCAAAGGCCUGGGAAUGACAGGGUCGUAUGGAGACAUCUCCGAGAGCAGCUCGUUGCGGCCAGGGCAAUGUUCCCUUUCUCAAGGGAACCUGUCAUUGUCUUCACCUCAGUGGCAGGAAAGCAGUACAGAGCUUGAUAAUGGAAAACAAGUCAUCUGGAGGAGCCAGACAACAGCUGCCCUUCCUGAAUGUCGCUCACAUCCCCCUCUGUCUCGAGUGUGCAGCACCCCACAAAUUGAAGUAGGUAGAAGGAAUUCCAGCCAGUCCAAUUCAAAACAGCAUUCACCUGUGAGAAAUACAGAGAACUUCAUGGAGAGUGACUCAGAUGCAACUUGUUUGCAUGCUGCAUUUAAGCCAUUGUCCCUAAGGCAAGCUGAAGUAAUUCAAAAAGACAGACCACCACCUCCUUAUCCUGAAACAGCAAAACAAAGUAGUAGCAUAUCAUCCCUCCAGCCAACUGUGUCUUCUACAGGGUAUCCAUUGUGGAAGCUUCAGAAGACAGACUCCCUGUUUGGGGCCCAGGGAAUGAGGAUAAUAACUCAGGUGCCUGAACAACCUGUCCUGCAUGAAGAGGAACAGAACAAAAACGAAAGAAAAUAUUCCACUCCAGAAGGUGAGCAGAACAGCAAAAAUUUGUCAGAGACAGACUGGCAUGACUGGCAAAGCAAUCGAUGGCAAAUUUGGGAAAUUUUAUCACCUGAUAAUCCAGAUGCACUCCCCGAAACAUUGGUAUGAUUGGAGAAAUCAGCAGGUCCCUUUGUCUUUUUCAGCUAGAGAAAACUGGUAAUGGUGGACUGGAUUUAUGCUGAUUUUUUUUUUAAAAAAACUGUUUACUUUAUGGAGGAUUUUAAAAUUAAAUUUAUUAAAAGAAUUUUAAUAGAACUGUAAAAUUUAGUAACACAUUUUUCUGGUUUUGUAAUCAUCACAAGAAGGAAAUGUGAGAUGGCAAUUUCAGCCCAAACAACUCUGUAAAAUAUAAGCUGUGUAUACAAUAAAGCUGAUACUCUUGAUGUUGCUAAAAUAUAUUUAUGUAUCUGCAGCUCAAAUGACUGUAUAUUAUGCAGAUGUUUUGUGUAUUAUAGCAUUGUGUUUAUAUGCAGAAAACAAAUAAUCUUGAAUGCUUUUUUAAAAAAAAAUAUUUUAAUCAUGCACUACUAAUAUUAAUAUACGAUGUAUUGAGAUCCUCUUGGAAAUGCACAAACUGGUUUCUGUGCUUUUAACUAAUCUGUUCGUGGAAGACAUAUAUUUUCACUGACAAGAAACAAUGUGGAAUGAGAACAUUAAAAGCCAUAUAUUUUAUAGUAAGGAAGUUAAAGAAUAUAUAACCUAUUAUUUGCUUGCAAGGAAAUGCAAAAUUUAAGGACUAUAUAUUUUUGAUUCUUUUAGAAAGCAGUUCCAGUCACCACUUCAUAAGUAUGGCCAUGCCUACACCAUACAAGGAUUCCAAAGAGUCUUCUACCCAUUCCAUAUUAGGCUUGUUAAGUUGUGGGGUGGGUGGGGAAGUGCAGAAAGAGUUUAUAAAGUUUUGUUCAGAUAGUUUAUGUAACACCCUUUUGAAUUUUCAAUAUUUCUGCAUAAAUAUGAAUUAAAUAUCUGUUCUCCACAGAAGUCCUAAAGCUAAAGAGAACCCAAUUAAAUAAAUGAGUUGAAGACAUCAUACUUGUUUGUUUUAUUGAAGAAAAUGAUCCAAAGCUACAUAUUCGUGUGUGGCAAAACUAUGUGAACCUUUGCUUUCAGUGACUGGUGUGACCUUCUUGGGCAGUAAUAACUGCAACUAAAUGUUUCUGAUAACUCAAUCAGUCCUUCGGCAUGGAGGAAUUUUAGCUCUUUUCUCCUUAUAGAACAGCUUUAGCUCAAGGAUGUUGGUGGGCUUCCUUGUAUGAACAGCCUGCUUCAGGUCCUUCCACAACUAUUCUGUAGGAUUAAGGUCAGGAAUUUGACUUAGCCAUUCCAAACUUUAACUUUCUUCUUCUUUAACCAUUAUUUGGUUGUACAACUUGAGUGUUUUGGGUCAUUGUCUUGCUGUAUGACCCACUUUCUCCUGACCUUCAGUUCACGGACAAUAUCCUUACAUGUAGAAUUUCCUGGUACAAUUCAGAAUUCAUAGUUCCAUCAAUGAUGGCAGGCUGUCUUGGUCCAGAGGCAACAAAGGCCAAAACCGUGAUACUGCCACCAAGUUUCACAGGUGAUAAGUUUCUUACGCUGAAAUGCACUAUUUGCCAAACAUAACACUUUUCAUUCAAGCCAAAAAGUUCUGUUUUGGUCUCUCACAUCCACAGAACAUUCUUCCAAUAGCCUUCUGGCUUGUCCAUGUUGUCUUUUGCAAACUAUAGAUGAGCAGCAAUGUGUUUUUGAUUUUUGGAGAGUAGUGGUUUUCUCCUUGCAACCCUGCCAUGCACUGAUACUCACCAAUCCAAGAGAGCCUUUUAGUUCCUUAGAUGUUACCCUGGGGUUCUUUGAGACCUCCCAGAGUAUUACACAUUUUGUUGGUCAAGCACUCCUGGGGAGGGUAACAAUGAUGUUAAAUUUCUUCUAUUUGUACACAAUCUGCCUGACAGUGGACAGGUGGAGUCCAGAGUCUGGAAAUAGUUUUGUAACCUUCUGCAGCCUGAUGAGCAUUAACUCUUUUUCAGAGGUCCUCAGAAAUCUCCUUUGAGCCAUGACACCCUUCCAGAUAUCUGUGUUGUAAAGAUGACACUUCGAUAGUGAGUACCCAGAAUUCUGUUCUUUAAAUAAGGCAGGACCUCCCACAAUCACACAUUAUCAUCCCAUUGAUUGAAACACCUGAGUCUAAUUUCCCCUUCAAACCAACUGAUAAUCCUAGAGGUUCACAUACUUUUUUUUUGCAGAUACGUAGCUUUGGAUCAUUCUCAAUAAAUGAUAUAAUGUUUACUCAUUUGUUUAAUUGUGUUCUUUUACCAAGUUUAAGGGUUUGUGUGGAAAACAUAAUGUUUUAGGUUGUAUUUAUGCAGAAAUACUGAAAAUUCAAAAGGGUUCACAAACUUUUAAGCACCACUGUACUGUAUGUAUUUAUAUGUGUACAUGAGACCUGGAAUCCAAAUCAAUAGCUAAAAUAAUUUCCUUUUUUAACCAGUUUUCAAUAUUUAUAAUUCAUAAAAUAUGACAGAAUUCCACAGGAUGAUUCCAGUGCAAUAUUGUGUUUGUUAAAUGUUGAUAUUCUGUGCUUUUAAAGGUUUUAUCAUCACUCAGUAUGGGAGAGGUCCACUAUUACAUUCUUCUAUUAUAAAAAUGCUUGCCUUAAAUUUCAUUGGAAUUUUAUCUAGAGUUAUAUCUUGUGCAAUAGAAUAAAAGUCUACUAGAA